GAUGACGAGCAGCGCAACAACACUGAGAAGAAACAUGGCGACUUCCAUGAGCGUCCACCUCUCUGAUACUCGGUCGUUUUUCUGCACGUAAACUUAUUGACGGAGGAACAAGGAACACACAUCAGUCAGAAACAAGUGUGGUGUCAGUCAUGUCCAGGCUGGCAGUGGUGUGUGGGGGCUCCAGGGGCAUUGGGAAGGCUGUGUCCCGCCUGCUGGCAGAGAGAGGCUGCAGGUUGGCUGUUGUCUCCAGGAGCGAAGAAGCUGCCCGUGCCACUGUUGCAUCUCUGCGUGGAGAUGACCAUGUGGCUUUCAGCUGUGAUGUCUCUAAAGAGCAGGAGGUGCAGAAAACCUUUGAGACGAUCCACAAGACCUGCGGGAACAUCUCUUAUCUCGUGAAUGCAGCUGGCAUCAAUAGGGAUGCCCUGUUACUGAGGACCAAGUCGGAGGACAUGGUUGUUCUGCUUCACACCAACCUGCUGGGCACCAUGCUGACCUGCAGGGCAGCGCUGCGCAGCAUGCUGCAAACCCAGGGAGCUGCCAUUGUUAAUAUAGGCUCUGUUGUUGGCCUGAAAGGGAACGCUGGCCAGUGUGUUUACAGUGCCAGUAAAGCCGGUCUAGAGGGCUUCACACGCUCUUUGGCUAAAGAAGUCGCAUCACGCAAUGUCAGAGUUAACCUGCUGGCUCCCGGUUUCAUCCACACCGACAUGACCGCAGGGCUGAAGGAGGAGGUUGGGGUACGCUCCAUCCCGCUGGGGAGAUUCGGCGAGCCAGAGGAGGUAGCCCAUGCUGUCCUCUUCCUUUUGGAGUCUCCCUACGUUACAGGACAGGUGCUGGUGGUGGAUGGAGGACUGCAGCUGGCCAUGUAAGGGAAGGGGCCUUCCUCUGGAAUCAUCUCUCCUCUGAAAACAAUGGCAGCGAGGCAGGUAAAAGCCUCACUCUGCUUUUUCUUAAAAAACUAUCAGACUAUAGAGGAAAUGGUUCAAAAAUAAGAUGAAGGGGCAGUGGGCUCUGUGUUACCCAUGACUGAGGAGCAUCAGACUGUUCAAAAGUGGACAUUUACACGUAACAAUGCUUCAUAGCUGGAGUUGGAUAUUGCCCUGUGGCCACAUGUCGAGUCACAUCUGGUAAGCUGUAGGAGUGUGAGAUUGGACAUAGUGUUUGCCAGCGCUGUAUUACUUGAGAUUGGUUUUGAAGGUCUUGGUUUUGUCUCAGACUCGACCACAUUUUCAUCAGUCUUGUCUCGGCCUCAGAUAUAGAGGACUCGGGAUUUUAUUACAAGACCUGUCAAGACCACAGCUGCAGGGAUAUCACUAAAAUUGCCAUUUGUGCAACAAAGGAGUGUUGAAUAAAGAUUAAGUUGGUUUCA